CGCCACGCGGCGCCGGGCGGGCAGCGCGCGGCGCGGCGGCGGCGGGGCUGCAGGAGCGGGGCUCGCCGUUCUGCCUCGACCUGCGCGCGCUGGUGGAGAGGCUGCGCCAGGAGCUCCCGCAGCGCCCGCAGAGGGGGGCGCCCAUCGCGGAGGACACGGUGGCGCGCGUCACCGAGCUGCUGCGGACGACCCGGCUGAACCCCCGGGAGUGGGGGCAGCACGCCGUCUUCAGGCGCGGGCGCUACACCAGGAACAUCGUGGGCUACUCCCCGAAUCAGUUCAUCGCCCUCGUGCUGUGCUGGGAGAGGGGGCAGCAGAGCGCCAUCCACGACCACGCCGGGGCGCACUGCUUCGUGAAGAUGCUGUCGGGGCGGCUCCGCGAGGAGCGCUUCGCCUGGGGCGGCGGCAGCUCCGAGGGCGUGGGGUCCGAGGUCAGAGGCCGGGGACCAAGACAUCCAACGGAUUGAAGUUCUUCGCGCUUCGCGUAGUCCCA